CGUGAAUGAUUCUAAAUUUAUCAUUAGGUUAAUUGAUAAUGUUUUAAAUAAAGCUGGUAAUAAUCAAGGAAGGAGCUGCAAGAGAACCAGGGAACAAACAGGGAAGAAGAGAAAGAAAAGCCAGCACGGAACGUUAAGAAAACCAGAAGACUUUUGUAUGUUUGAGAUUCCAGGGAGGACAAUGCAGCAGCCACAAUCUUUUCUGGCGGUGAAACACCCAUCGGAUUCCCAAGCAGAAGAGCUGGAGACAAGUUAUAAGCCUCCUUUGAAGCAAAUGAAAAUCUUGAACUGCAGCAAACAGAAGAAAGUGUUUGAGAAAAUACAAUCCACAGUAUCCACAGUACAAGCCGCAGAUGCAGCCCAGCCAAAAUCCAAGGAGAAGAAUGUGAAAACGAAAAAGAAACAAACAGGAAAAAUAAUCUGUGAUCAGGAUGCAACAGUCUCAACACCAAUAAAGAUGGAACCCACCUAUUUACGCAAGGAAACAGACUCAAAGAAACAUACUGCAGGAAAAAUAAUCUGUGAUCAGGAUGCAACAGUCUCAACACCAAUAAAGAUGGAACCCACCUAUUUACGCAAGGAAACAGACUCAAAGAAACAUACUGAAAUACAAGCAAAAACAUUUGAAGUUGUCAUCUUCUCUGAGUUGAAACGGAAGCCAAAGAUAUGCUAUGGAUGCAAAAAACCACUCAUUGAUGAAAAAAGCCUGGAUUUGAUAUUGAAAACUCAAGAUGUUCGAGAUUACUUUGGUCAAUGCGGACAGAAGCAUCGUGCCUUUAAGAGUUCCAAUGUAUACUUACACUUGCUUGAGAAAUGUGUACAAAAGAAAUAUGGGAAAUAUCAACAUAACUACAUAUUGCCAGAAAAAAUGCGAGCACAUUUAAAUAGUGCCCAGUCCACAAUGCUCCAAAGCAUGAAUAUCAUUCAAGAUCCAGGAGCUAUUAAAUACACAAGUAAAACUGAGAAAUGUCAUUUUAAACAUGUAAAGACAGAGCAAUAUAAGACAGAAGAAGAAGAAAUCUCUUCUAGUUCCCAUUCCUCACGAUCCACUCUUAGUCGUUGAAUUCCGUGGUCCGCUCUUCAAGGUCAUUGGGAUUCAGGACCAAACAUUGAACGAGUUUCCAGAACUUUUGAACAUCAAAUAGCUAUAAACAUACUGUGAUUAAAAUAAGAUAGAAAUCGAAAUCUACCAGGGGAAUGGGAACCUGAGGGCAGAAUCAGAAAGGAAGAAAGGUAGACGGGAAAUUAAAAGGUAAAGUUCAGAUGAGAUGAUAUUUAAGAAGGCAAAGAGAAAGGGAGUAUAACAGGAAGGGUCAAAACAUACAACCAUAAGAAUGUAUCAGCAAAGAGUCAGAGUAAGGAAAAAUAAUAAGAUACAAUUUAAGGCCAAAGUCAAAAAGAAA